CGUUGCGACGCGCCUCGUCGAAAUCGGGGCAGAAUAGCGAUGUUAGGUUAUGCGCUUCUAAGCGCGGCACCGCGAAGUUGUCCGAUUCACAUCGAUUGCGACUUCGAUAAUCGCAACAGUUCGAAAGUCGCGAUCGGCGCCAACGGUUAGUCGGUUCGUCGUUGACGCAUGAGCUCCAUUUCUCUUUCGUGGACGAAAAGGAAAGGAAAUCUCGGCCCACCCGGCCAUCGCGUCGUGUUCGCGACUAUCGUCGCGAUAUUCGCGAACGGGAUUCGUGAAAUUUGCGAGACUGCUGCAGUCUAGACGGCGCCCGGCUUUGUCAAUCGACGACAUAAACAACGUUCCUCGCAUGACCGCUCUGACCUUACACUGAUUGUAUUUGCCGGAUAAGCCUGUGUGACUGGUUCAGUUGUUACAACAAUUGUUAAACUGUUUUCAUCUUGUUUCAUAGGUGUUCUUCGUGUAUGUACCUUUUAAAUGAUAUCGCCAAGGUGAAGCAAACUAUGCCAACAAACUUGCGGUGAGCGACUGUGCGCCUCAGACGUCGCGGGUCAGCUCGAACCUGCACAGCAGCAGUAGUAUGGCGGUGAGCCGCGUUCCGAGCCCACCACCGCCGGAAGUGAACACCCCCGUGGCCGAGAACUGGUGUUACACGCAGGUGAAGGUGGUUAAAUUCAGCUACAUGUGGACGAUAAAUAACUUCAGCUUUUGUCGCGAGGAGAUGGGAGAGGUGCUCAAGUCGUCCACGUUCUCCGCCGGAGCCAACGACAAGUUGAAAUGGUGUCUGAGAGUGAAUCCUAAGGGCCUGGAUGAAGAGAGCAAAGACUACCUGUCGCUGUAUCUCCUUCUCGUUUCGUGCAACAAAUCCGAAGUCAGAGCAAAGUUCAAAUUUUCUAUUCUUAAUGCCAAAAGAGAAGAAACCAAAGCAAUGGAGAGCCAACGUGCUUACAGGUUCGUCCAGGGUAAAGAUUGGGGUUUCAAAAAGUUCAUCAGGAGAGACUUUCUUUUGGACGAGGCCAACGGAUUGCUACCGGAUGACAAACUCACGAUAUUCUGUGAGGUAUAUACCUUUGUCAGCGUGGUGGCGGACAGUGUAAACAUCUCUGGGCAGAGUAAUACGAUACAAUUUAAAGUACCAGAAUGCCGACUGCCCGAUGAUCUCGGGCUUCUGUUCGAGAACCAAAAAUUUAGCGACGUAACCCUCACUGUCUGCGGAAGGGAGUUCCAAGCACACAAAGCAAUUCUGGCAGCGCGAAGUCCUGUCUUUUCGGCAAUGUUCGAACACGAGAUGGAGGAGAGAAAGAAAAAUCAUGUCGAUAUCACUGAUGUGGACCACGAAGUUUUGAGAGAAAUGUUGCGAUUUAUUUACACUGGUAAAGCAGCAAAUCUGGAGAAGAUGGCGGACGAUCUAUUAGCCGCGGCGGACAAGUACGCGUUGGAAAGGCUGAAGGUAAUGUGCGAGGAAGCACUUUGCACAAGUUUAGCUAUUGAGAAUGCAGCCGAAAUCCUCAUACUUGCCGAUCUCCAUAGCGCCGAUCAAUUAAAGGCACAAGCGAUAGACUUCAUUAAUACACAUGCGACGGACGUGAUGGAUACCGUAGGUUUCAAGUCCAUGGUAAACUCCCAUCCGCACCUGAUAGCAGAAGCUUUCCGGGCUUUGGCGACUCAGCAGAUCCCACCGAUCGGACCGCCCAGAAAACGGGUGAAACAGAGCUGAAAGCAGUCACCACUGACCCCGGGCACGACCUCCACAUCGCCCCCACCACUUUUGCAUCCCUCUUGAACCUUUGUGUACAGUGAUAUAAUGAAGUAUAGUAGUGCUAAAUAAAUGUUUCCUAGUGCGCCAUUCUCUGGUCUAAAAGAAAAGUCGACGACGAGAACCGACGCGAAGAUCAACUGACGGAGUUUCGAUCGAGAUCGAUGGAAGGAGAAAGAGAAUCGUCUUGUCCGUUCGGUCAAUCGAGGGCGAGUUUAAAGAAAAGCACUCCUGCACGUACUCGGACUCUUAUGUUCAAGUAAGUGUCGGUAGUGAGAACGUGACGCGACCAUCAUCAGCGUGCUGCUCGUUCCGUUUUUGCGCAAUGAGAAGAACGAAAUAUCUAAAAAGCCUACGUAUCCACAUUCACAUCCACACAUCCUCAUCAACAAAUGAUACUUCUCGGCUGGCCUGAGCGCGAGUCGAUUUAAUAACACAGCAACAACAAAAACAGCAGCAGCAGCAGCAGCAUUAUAGUCGCAUUGCGCUCGUUUUCUUCGAUGCCAAUACCGAUGCCAAUCGAUCUUGGCGACACGUUGGAACGUGUCAUCAGGGUUAUCAUCGUCAUCAUGGACUAGCUUUUGUUCUAUUAUUAUCGAACGAAUAUAUCGGAAGCAAAUGGUCGCGCGAGAUGUUAAAGACACGCAAUAUAUAGCCUGAGAGGACCAAGGAAAGGCGAGAAGCUUCUUUCCACGUGACUCGCCGUCACGAUUGCCGUAACAACGCGCAAUGCACGAAGGAAGUUGUGAUAGACGUCGGCCAGACGAUUUAAACAUUUUGUUCCUUUGUCGAAAGAAAGAAAGCACGAGGAGAAAAAAAUGGAUCAAACGGAUAUCCCAUAGCAUCGUACGCUCGACGCGUCGAGCAUGGAGAGAAUUAGAUACUUUGUUUGUUUUUACCGACAGUAGUGAUCUUUUUAGUUCUAGCGCGUCUCAAACUCUUCCAAGACGGAGAAAUCAUUCUAGUUAGUGUUCUUUUUUUAUGAUCUCUUUCUCUGAACCACAAUUAUUAUUAUAUUAUUAUUACUAUUAAUGCUACGCAAUCUGUGCCCUAUGUAUUUUUGUAUAUUUUUGUCUACAGAUAGAAAAACUUAUCUCUCCCCCUUUCCUUUUUGCCACGAUAAAUCCCCGUUUCCUCGAUCCCACCUCCCCUUCCUCCCUUCUCAAUAGGCACAGUUUGUCUUGUUUUCUGGAGUAUUGCAUACUGUAAGCGAAGUGAUAGGAUCGAAUUAUUAUUAUUAUUAUUAAUGAUUAUGUUAUUAAAUUUAGGGUUGUCCAUAAUUUAUCGGAUCUACGUUGAAUCUACGUUAUAUAUCAUGAGGAUGUUUGUCCGUGCAUGCUGAAUUACAUUAUUUUAGAGACGUUAUGAUCCGCGUUUCGAAGUUAACACAUUAUUACGUAUUGAAUAAUAAAUAUGGAUGAGAAGAUUGAAGAAAGAAAAAGACAUCAUGUAAAAUAGAAACGUUAGUCAAUUAUAGCGCGAGUGUUAAUCGCUCUUUUCUUAUUUUGUGUCGUUAAUUUGAUUGGUCUGCAAAAUUGCGUGUAGUCAAUGAACUGAAUUAUGGGCAACCGCAAAGGCGAAAAUAAUAAUCGUUUAGUACCGUGUACUGGCUUCCUGAUCCUCCGAUCUUUUAGCUUUACCGAAAGCCGAGUUUUAAAUAUGUGGAAUACUUAUUACCAUUUACACACAUCAUUAAUGAUGACAAUUAAUGCCAUACAUGUUCUGUGAUAAGACCACUUGUAAUUACUGCAAUUGUAUAAUCGAUCCUUUCUAGAGACAGACUCCCCAAACCCCUCCCCUUUGACGAUCCUGGCAGCCAGUGAAUUUACUUGUUAUAUAAAAUACAUACGAUAAGCGACAGUCGUUAUCCGGACAGUCCCAAACCUAGCGUCACUAUCGAUUUUAAGAUUUUUACACUGUACAUAUCUGCUGUGUAUUUUAUAAGAACAGAACAAACUCACGUACGAGGAUCCCAUACUUUUACAAAAACUGUACAAUAAUCAAUAUGUAUAAUUUAUUUCAAUUUUACAGACUGCGCUAAACUCAUGUUCCUUGAAAAACACUAUGCUUUAACUGUAAAUGUAACAUAACGCCGAAAAAUUGAUGCAGAUUAGAAGGUGCGCAUUCGUUGUGUAGUGCUGUCGAAUGACACGUUGUGUAUUGCGUCAAAGAUCAAAGAUUGAACCGAUGGAAAUAUAGUUAGAAGAAUUUUCCACUGUUUUUCUACGUCGAUCUUUUUAUUUGAGUCUUAGAAUAAUAUAGGACUUAAAUAAGAAAAGGAACAACAAAAGUAUAUAUUAGACACAAAAGCGGUAUAGUAGCAAUUUAAGGAACAUACUUUGGCCGUGCUGAUUCAUAUUUUAAAAAUCUGCGACCAUUCUCCAAUUUCAUAUCUAUCUUUGGGACUGUGCGGCGAUUUUUCUUUUGUGAAACACAUAACAUUGAAUGUCAUUUCCUAGAGAAAACAAAAGACGAAAAAAAAACGGAAAAAAAUUAUGCGAAGACAUAUAAAGCUAAUUCCGAAACAACAAUUCGUAAAAUAACAGAUAUA